AUUUUUGAUAUAUACAAUAUUUUUAAUAAAGAAAACAAAGAAAUAGGCUAAAAUGUCUCCCAAAUACGUAUUAAAUUAUUUCAAUGUGCAAGGUAAAGCUGAGGUAGCUAGACUUUUAUUUCAUUGUAAAGGUGUAGAGUUCACAGAUAACCAAAUUAACUAUCAAGACUGGCCAUCACUUAAAAGCGAUCACUCUAGGUUUCCUUUGGAGCUAAUGCCUACAUUAGAAAUAGAUGGGCAUACUGUUUGUCAGUCUGCAGCUAUAAAUAAAUACUUGGCAGAAACAUUUGAUCUUUAUGGAGCUAAUGCUUCUGAUAGAUUGAUCAUUAAUCAAGUAUGUGAGACCAUGAAUGAUUUAUCUAAAGAGUACUAUGAAGUUUGGAGAAACGAAACAUUAGACAAUGAACAAAAGAAUGCAGCUUAUGCAGAAAUCGGUUUAACAGAUGCCACUAAGUUAAAGUUAACGUUUGUUGAGAGCUUGCUAAAGCGUAAUCAUGAUGGUCAUGGUUAUUUUGUUGGUGAUUCUAUUACUGUUGGAGAUUUGGUUUUCUUCCAUAUAAUCGGAAUGGUUGGCAAAACAGUAUUAAAUGAUCAUCCUUUGUUAACAGAGCUGAUUGAUCGAGUUAGACACAGCGCUGAACUAAAGUCGUAUUUGGACUCUCGAACACAUCCUCCCUUUCUUUAAAGUUUUUGUAAAGAUAUAUUUAAAUCUGCUUUGAGAAAAUAAUUUUUUUU